CCAUCGAAACGACGCGGCGGCUUCUUCUCCUCUUCCUCGAUCUUCCUCCGCACUCGUCUUCUCCGGCCGGCGGACGCAGACUACAUAACCCGAUUCUCUUCUCGUAGGGCCUGUACAGAAGAAAACCACUGCUACUAGCCUAACAAUUCCUUGCCCCGUACAGUGCCUAGAACCUUUCUCUCCUCCGGAGCAGAAGGUUCUAGAAGCCCCGCCCGCCCCCGGCCAGGAUGUGCGGGAUCUUCGCCUACCUCAACUACAAUGUGUCGCGGGAGCGCCGCUACAUCCUCGAGGUCCUCUUCAACGGCCUCCGCCGCCUCGAGUACCGCGGCUACGACUCCUCCGGGAUCGCGCUCGACGCGGACCGCACAGCGCCCUCCUCCUCUGCUUCUCCUUCUGAUGCGCCGUACACCGGCGCGCCGCCGCUUGUCUUCCGCGAGGAGGGCAAGAUCGAGAACCUCGUGCGAUCCGUCUACUCCGAGGUUGAUGAGAAGGAUGUGAACCUGGAUGCUGCAUUCAGCGUGCAUGCCGGGAUUGCCCACACCAGAUGGGCCACACAUGGUGUGCCUGCCCCAAGGAACAGCCACCCUCAAUCUUCCGGUGCCAGUGAUGAGUUCUUGGUCGUCCACAAUGGCAUCAUCACGAACUAUGAGGUCCUGAAAGAGACACUAACUAGGCAUGGUUUCACCUUUGAGUCUGAUACAGAUACAGAAGUCAUACCUAAACUAGCAAAAUUUGUUUUUGAUAAAUCUCAUGAUGAAGAAGGUGAUGUGACAUUUAGCCAAGUUGUUAUGGAAGUUAUGAGGCAGCUGGAAGGAGCUUAUGCACUUAUCUUUAAAAGUCCACACUAUCCAAACGAAUUGAUUGCAUGCAAACGAGGCAGCACACUGAUACUUGGUGUUAAUGAAUUGAGUGGUCAACAAAAUGGGAAACCAUUUCAUGACGUCAAAACCUUGACAACAAAUGGAAAGCCCAAAGAACUAUUUUUCUCCAGUGAUCUGUGUGCUAUUGUAGAGCAUACGAAGAACUAUUUAGCUCUUGAAGAUAAUGAAAUUGUGCAUAUUAAGGAUGGCAGUGUGUCUAUCCUAAAGUUUGACCCUCACAAAGAGAAGCCAGCAUUUGUGCAACGAGCAUUGUCUGUUCUUGAGAUGGAAGUUGAGCAAAUAAAGAAAGGAAGUUAUGAUCACUUCAUGCAAAAAGAAAUCCAUGAACAACCACAUUCGUUAACAACAACAAUGAGGGGCAGGCUAAAGGAUGGUGGGGUUCUUUUAGGUGGACUGAAGGAGCAUCUCAAAACAAUUAGGCGCUGUAGAAGGGUGGUUUUUAUUGGCUGUGGUACAAGUUACAAUGCUGCCUUAGCUGCAAGACCUUUUGUGGAAGAACUGACCGGUAUUCCUGUGACUAUGGAGGUUGCAAGUGACUUGCUGGACAGACAAGGUCCCAUCUAUAGGGAAGACACUGCAGUUUUUGUUAGUCAGUCAGGGGAGACAGCAGAUACCCUCCUUGCUCUUGAUUAUGCACUAGAAAACGGUGCCCUUUGUGUUGGCAUAACAAAUACUGUUGGAAGCACACUGUCGAGAAAAACACACUGUGGAGUUCAUAUCAAUGCUGGUUGUGAGAUUGGUGUUGCCAGUACCAAGGCAUAUACAAGUCAGAUAGUUGCCAUGGCGAUGAUGGCUUUGGCUAUUGGAUCUGAUCAAAUAUCCACUCAAGCUAGAAGGAAUGCUAUCAUCAGUGGACUUACCAGUCUUCCAAGCUGUGUCAGUGGAGUUCUCAAACUUGAUGCUGAGAUGAAGGAGCUUGCCUCUUCCUUGAUCGAUUCAGAGUCCCUCCUUGUGUUCGGAAGAGGUUAUAACUAUGCCACUGCAUUAGAGGGCGCCCUCAAAGUUAAGGAGGUCGCGCUGAUGCACAGCGAAGGCAUGCUUGCUGGUGAGAUGAAGCAUGGGCCACUGGCACUGGUGGAUGAAAACCUUCCCAUCAUUGUCAUUGCGACACGUGAUGCAUGCUUCAGCAAGCAACAAUCGGUCAUCCAGCAGCUACUUUCACGCAAGGGGCGCCUGGUAGUGAUGUGCUCAAAGGGAGACGCGUCUGCCGUAUGCCCUAAUGGGUCCUGCAGGGUUAUUGAAGUUCCAGGAGUUGCAGAUUGUCUCCAACCUGUGAUUAACAUAAUUCCACUACAGUUGCUUGCAUACCAUCUGACUGUUCUCCGUGGAUUCGAUGUGGACCAACCAAGGAAUCUGGCGAAGAGCGUGACCACACAGUAGGUAGGGGUAGAGGAGAUGGGUGGCGUGUAUCCAUCCCUAUGUUGUAUCGAGCAGGGUUUUAGGUUAGCGCCAUUUUGCUUACUGUAAUUAUUUAUUAUUAUUCUUGGGGUGGGUAAGUAUUACAGAAUGUUAAAAAAGUGACUGAAAUGCAUGGUGCAAAUGGUAGUAUUUGAGAAAGAAAUGUGCAGGAGUUUGUGCGCC